AACUUAUUACAGGGUAUUUGACAGGCAUACAACACAUCAAAUUUGUAACUUUGUUACUUUGCUUUAUAAGCAGUUGCUAUUCGUCUCCCUCUCUCUCUCUCUCCGUCUUCUCUCUUCGCCUUCAAUUAGCUGCGUUCGCCAACUUUAACAAUUAGCCCGAGGCGCGUAAUUGAAGCUUUAAGUGCGUUUCAAUUGACGCACUUUUUUUUGUAUUUGAUUUCUUCUUUCUUUGCUGUUUGACUACUUUGAUUAAUUAAUUAAGCUCGUGGAAGGGUUCGGCUGCUGACUGGCUGCCGUCGACCUUAGCUGCAGCUGUUCAAGAGUCUCUCGGAGCGAUUAGCUAUAAAAACGCUCGGGGCGCAAGUCGUUUGGCUUUAUUUGCUCUACGGACAACGGUUAUUCAGCAUGCAUAUCGCCGCCGUGGAACAGCUGCUACUAAUCCUCCUCGUUUCGGCGACGUUCGCUUCCAGCUGGGCGGCAACCAUUGUGCACACGCCGAAGGUUGGGCAGGCGGCGGGCAGCGCCAUCUCCCAUCAAAGCUUUGUGCGACUGUCGACGGCGCCGCAGCCGCAGCAGCAGCCACAGCUAAUCCUGGCCACGCCCACAGUGCGCAUUGUCAAUGCAAAGGUCAACAAUGGCUUGGAGGAAGUGCACCACACACCUGCGCAUCUCACCUACGCCGCCCACCCGGUGGUGCAUCAGAUGCUGCCCCGCAUCAAGCCCGUGCGCAACAUAAGCUUUGCCUCGCUGCGGGCUCAGUCCCACACACUCGCACACACACACGCACACACACACGCACACACGCAGCUUCAGUUAGUUUAG